AGGGGUGGGAGCUGCUGCUGGUGGUGCUGGUGGUGGGGAGGGGUUUCCCAAAACCGUCGCUAUGUUUUAUUUCGCGAUUUGCGACUGAUUUGACUGACUGCCCGACCACCUCCUUAACUGCUGCUGCGGCUUUUUUUUUCUCUCUCCACCACCGCCAUCUCCCUCCUCCUCCUCCUCCCUCCCCUCUCCCCUCCCCUCCCCGUUUCUUCUUAUUACACAGUUUGUGAGGUGACAGACUGAAGGGAUCCUGAGGAUGACCGAGUACAAGCUGGUGGUGGUCGGGGCUGGAGGCGUAGGAAAGAGCGCUCUAACUAUUCAGCUGAUUCAGAACCACUUUGUGGACGAAUACGAUCCUACAAUAGAAGAUUCCUAUAGAAAGCAGGUAGUUAUUGACGGAGAGACGUGUUUGUUAGACAUUCUGGAUACAGCGGGUCAAGAGGAGUACAGUGCGAUGAGAGACCAGUACAUGAGGACUGGCGAGGGCUUUCUGUGUGUCUUUGCAAUUAACAAUACAAAAUCCUUUGAAGAUAUUCAUCAGUACAGAGAACAGAUAAAAAGGGUAAAGGAUUCAGAUGACGUCCCUAUGGUGUUGGUGGGAAACAAAUGUGACCUCCCAGCACGCACCGUGGAGGCACGACAGGCACAGGACCUGGCCCGGAGCUACGGGAUUCCUUACAUUGAAACCUCAGCCAAAACGAGACAGGGAGUGGAGGAUGCCUUUUAUACCUUGGUUCGUGAGAUCAGCCAACACAAAGUGAGGAAGUCGAACCCUCCCGACGACAGCGGCCGAGACUGUAGCAACUGCAAGUGUGUAAUAUUGUGACCUGCCUGCUACUGCGACCCAUGAUUUUUGUCAGCACGAGGGCGUCUGCGGGAAGUCACAGGUCUCUUUGAAGAUUGAUACACCGUGCUGGUGCAAGAAGACUGGGGGAAUGGGUGGGCAUGGGAGGGGGAGAAAAAACAGCCCGCAAGAGAAAAGGAUGGAAAGCCUUGGGGGGGUGGGUGGUGGGGGGAGGGGGGGAGGAGGUAAAAGAGAGAAAGAUGCAUAAGGAAAAAAAAUUCUAUAGAAAUAUAUCCACUCUCUGCAAAAAAACGCUCUUACCCGGGAGCCUUUCAUGUGGCUGCUUUCUCGCACCCAACAGUUCAAUUGUACAGAGCCGUAGCCUUAUUUUAAAUCGCACUAAAUUAUUAUCCUUCCCUCGUGAUCGUGUUUAAUUGCUCUUCACCCCAGUUUGUCGCGACCUCUUUUGUUUUAUACUUCGAAAGGGCUGUUGGGGAACCAUGUUUCUCUCUUUCUCUCUCUCUCUCUCUCUCUCUCUCGCGUGUGCGUGCAGCCCUUUAUUGUUGUACAUAGAUCAUUGACUGUAAAGUGACUGGAUCUUG